UCAAACAGUCUUCUCAAUUACACUUCCAUUCAGAUCCCCCUCCCUUUUUUUUCUCUCUAUCUUUUCAGAUUUGAUCUCCAUUUACUCAUUCAUCUUCCUUCUUAUGCGGUGAAUUAUAUAUAUAAUAUAUAGAUACAGAUCUGUGUAUUAUGUUCUUCUGGUGGUGAAAUUUGAUUGCUUUUCAACUUGAGAUUUUAUUGAUUUCUCAUGGAGUCUGAAGGAGAGACUGGGGGGACAUCUAUGAAGAAUGUCGGAAGUCAGCUUUGCCAGAUCUGUGGUGAUAAUGUUGGAACCACAGCCAAAGGCGAAACUUUUGUUGCAUGUGAUAUUUGUGCGUUUCCGGUUUGCAGGCCCUGCUAUGAAUACGAGCGCAAGGAUGGAAAACAGUCUUGCCCUCAGUGCAAAACUAGAUAUAAACGGCUUAAAGGAAGCCCGGCGAUUGCUGGAGACAUAGAGGAGGAUACCGAUGCUGAAGAUGAAACUGCCACUUUCCCCUUUUCUUCACAAACUCAAAAUGAGAAACAGAAAACUGCAGAGCGUAUGCUGAACUGGCACAUGACAUAUGGUCGGGGAGAUGAAACUAAUGCUCCAACUUAUGAUAAAGAGGUCUCUCAUAAUCACAUACCAUUGCUUACCAGUGGGCAUGAGGUUUCUGGUGAGCUAUCUGCUGCAUCUCCUCAACGCCUUUCUGUAUCCUCCCCACCACCUGGUGGUGAACGAAUGACACAUUCUCUCCCUUAUUCUGCAUAUGUGAAUCAAUCUCCUAAUAUUAGAGUUGUGGAUCCUGUGAGAGAGUUUGGGUCCACCGGAUUAGGAAAUCUGGCCUGGAAAGAGAGAGUUGAUGGGUGGAAAAUGAAACAGGACAAAAAUGUGGUUCCAAUGACAAAUAGCCGUGCUGCUUCGGAAAGGGGUCAAGACAUUGAUGCCAGCACUGAUGUGGUCGAUGAAUCAUUGCUGAAUGAUGAAGCACGUCAGCCACUUUCAAGAAAAGUAUCCAUUCCGUCAUCCAGGAUUAACCCAUACCGAAUGGUUAUUGUUCUUCGGCUGGUUAUUCUUUGCAUCUUUUUGCACUACCGGAUAACGAAUCCCGUGACUAAUGCCUACCCGUUAUGGUUACUCUCUGUUAUUUGUGAGAUUUGGUUUGCUGUAUCUUGGAUACUGGAUCAGUUCCCUAAAUGGCUUCCCAUAAAUCGCGAGACCUAUCUUGACCGGCUAUCCCUAAGGUAUGAGCGGGAAGGAGAGCCAUCACAACUAGCUGCUGUUGAUAUUUUUGUUAGUACUGUGGAUCCUUUGAAGGAACCUCCACUUGUAACAGCCAACACUGUCCUGUCCAUCCUUGCAGUUGACUACCCAGUCGACAAAGUGUCAUGCUAUGUAUCUGAUGAUGGAGCGGCCAUGUUGUCGUUUGAGUCACUGUCUGAAACAUCAGAAUUCGCAAGAAAAUGGGUUCCGUUUUGCAAAAAGUAUCAAAUUGAGCCACGAGCUCCAGAAUGGUACUUUGCCCAGAAGAUUGAUUACUUAAAAGAUAAAAUUCAACCAACAUUUGUGAAAGAUCGAAGAGCUAUGAAGAGAGAAUAUGAGGAAUUCAAAAUUCGUAUAAAUGGUCUUGUUGCAAAGGCUCUGAAAGUUCCUGAUGAAGGAUGGAGCAUGCAAGAUGGUACACCAUGGCCCGGGAAUAAUACUAGGGACCAUCCGGGAAUGAUACAGGUUUUCUUGGGUCAAAAUGGAGGGCUUGACAGUGAGGGUAAUGAGUUGCCACGAUUAGUUUAUGUAUCCAGAGAAAAGCGCCCGGGAUUUCAACAUCACAAGAAAGCUGGUGCCAUGAAUGCACUUGUUCGUGUAUCUGCAGUUCUUACGAAUGGCCCCUUCUUAUUGAAUCUCGAUUGUGAUCAUUACAUCAAUAACAGCAAGGCGCUUAGGGAAGCUAUGUGCUUUAUGAUGGACCCGAAUCUUGGAAAAUACGUAUGCUAUGUCCAGUUUCCCCAGAGAUUUGAUGGUAUUGAUAAGAACGAUCGAUAUGCUAACAGAAAUACAGUGUUCUUUGAUAUUAAUUUAAGGGGUUUAGAUGGUAUUCAAGGUCCAGUUUAUGUGGGUACUGGGUGUGUGUUUAACAGAACAGCAUUAUAUGGAUAUGAACCUCCUCUUAAGCCUAAGAAGAAGAGAGAAGAUGGUUUCUUCUCUUCAUGCUUUGGUGGAUCACGUACGAAAAGUUCAAAAUCAAGUAAAAAGGGAUCGGAUAAAAAGAAAUCAAGCAAACACAUCGAUCCCACUGUACCAGUAUUUAAUCUUGAGGAUAUUGAAGAGGGAGUCGAAGGUGCUGGGUUUGAUGAUGAGAAAUCAUUGCUUAUGUCUCAAAUGUCACUUGAGAAAAGAUUUGGGCAAUCAGCUGUAUUUGUUGCAUCAACACUCAUGGAGAAUGGUGGUGUGCCCCAAUCUGCAGCACCAGAGACUCUCCUCAAAGAAGCUAUUCAUGUUAUCAGUUGUGGUUAUGAAGACAAAACAGACUGGGGAAACGAGAUUGGAUGGAUUUAUGGUUCUGUUACAGAAGAUAUUCUUACAGGAUUUAAGAUGCAUGCACGGGGUUGGAGAUCGAUAUACUGCAUGCCACCUAGGGCUGCCUUCAAGGGUUCUGCUCCUAUCAAUUUGUCAGAUCGUCUAAAUCAAGUGCUUCGAUGGGCUUUAGGAUCUGUUGAAAUUCUGUUUAGCAGGCAUUGCCCUAUAUGGUAUGGUUAUUCUGGAAGGCUAAAAUGGCUAGAGAGAUUUGCAUACAUAAACACAACUAUUUACCCUAUCACUUCCAUUCCUCUUCUCGUCUACUGUACUCUCCCCGCUGUCUGUCUUCUCACUGGAAAGUUUAUCAUACCACAGAUUAGUAAUCUUGCCAGUAUAUGGUUUAUAUCCCUCUUUCUUUCCAUCUUUGCCACUGGUAUUCUAGAAAUGAGAUGGAGUGGUGUUGGAAUUGAUGAAUGGUGGAGGAAUGAACAGUUUUGGGUUAUUGGUGGUGUUUCUGCCCAUCUAUUUGCCGUCUUCCAAGGUUUGCUUAAAGUUCUCGCCGGUAUUGACACCAAUUUUACAGUCACGUCAAAGGCGUCAGACGAAGAUGGUGAUUUUGCCGAGCUUUAUUUGUUCAAAUGGACGACUCUUCUCAUCCCACCAACAACUCUUUUAAUUGUAAACUUAGUCGGAGUGGUUGCCGGAAUCUCAUAUGCCAUCAACAGCGGAUACCAAUCAUGGGGUCCACUUUUUGGUAAACUUUUCUUUGCCUUUUGGGUGAUUGUUCAUCUUUACCCCUUCCUCAAGGGUCUCAUGGGAAAGCAAAACCGUACGCCUACCGUUGUGGUGGUGUGGUCGAUUCUACUUGCCUCUAUUUUCUCUCUCUUAUGGGUCCGAGUUGACCCAUUUACCACUAAAGUCACCGGCCCGGACGUCAAGUUUUGUGGAAUCAACUGUUAAAUACAUGUAGAAUGCAAUUGGAAGUGAAAUGUUAUUUAUGUUACUUAAACAUCUGGAUAUGUACACUCUUUUGUGAUGUGGAGAUUUCACUUGUUUUCUUAAUUUUAAGUCUACUGCAUAGUUAUAAGACUCGAAGACAUAUGUAUUUGUUCAAUUCUUUUUACAGUUUUGUAAGUUAUAUAUAUCUAUAUAAGCCACCUUGUUACA